UUUAUUUAUUGCUUUUGUAGGGUCACUUUCCCCUGAACCCUGUGAGACCUCUCCUCCUUCUUCCUCUCUAUCUCUCUCCCAACUUCAACUUACGAAACAAACUAAGAAACUUUUCCCAACUCCUCCACCGCCACCGCCACCGCCACCGCGGAAUGGACAGCCCAAGAGUCAUUCCGGAGGCGCAAACUCUAACUCCGAGCAGUAGCGGAAGGAGAAGAGGAAUCAGCUUUGAUUCAAGCUCGCCCGAGUUCGAGUUCUGGAUGGUCCGAAACCCGUCAUUCCCCGAGCCAAAUCUCUUAUCCGCUGACGAGCUCUUCGUUGAUGGCUUUCUACUCCCGCUUCACCUUCUCUCCCACCAACAGAGGGAUCCACCUUCUGAAUCCGAACCCCAUCUUCCGGACCCGGAACCGGCUCCUCCUCCGCACCCAGAACCCGAAUCCGAACCCGGUCCAGGACCCAAGAUUUCGUCGGCCGAAUCGGCUGUUCCUCUGAGCGCGUCGAAGCGGUGGAGAGAUAUUUUCAAGAAGGGUGAUAAUAAGAAGAACACGAAAAGUGAAGCAGAAGAUAAUAAUAAUAAUAGUAAUAAGGAUAAAGAUAGUAAAGAGAAGAAGAAGGAGCGGAAGAGUGGAACCGGAACGAGUUCGGCGGCGGAGUUGAAUAUCAACAUAUGGCCCUUCUCCCGGAGUAGAUCUGCCGGCAAUGCCUGUACCCGACCCAAGACCAUGUUUGGAGCUCCUGGUUCCCGGAAGGUCAAUAGUGCCCCCUGUUCACGGAGCAACUCGGCUGGCGAGUCCAAGUCCAGAAAGUGGCCGACCAGUCCAAGUCGGGCUGGAGUCCAUUUAGGCCGGAGCAGCCCAGUUUGGCAAGUUAGGCGUGGAGGUGGAGCCUCUGGCAGUGCUCUUGGUAGAACCGUUGAGCCUUUGGUCCGGAGUGUGGAAAAGGGAGCGAAUAAAGAAGCACUCGAAACUCGCCGGAGUAAACCCGCAGCUUCCGCCGCCGCUUCAGGUGCCGGUGCUGGUGGCGCGACGAAAGCUAAAGUCUUGAAUAUCAAUGUUCCUAUGUGUAUUGGAUAUAGAAACCAUUUGAGUUGUAGAAGCGAUGAGAAUAGUGCUUUGAGCGUUAGCACCAGUGACGGCACUGUCACCGGCAGUGAAGGUGGCGGUAGCAGCGGAAGAAAUAGCAGCAGGGGCCAAGGCCGCGGAGGUGGCCGCGGUGGCGGUGCUGGUAGUGUUGGAAACGGCGGAAAUCUUUUUAACCUCCGGAGUCUUUUCACCAAGAAGGUGUAUUAAGUUAACCCUUACUUAUCCUAUCGUUCAUGUCCCUUUGAAACAUAUAUAUAAAUUACUACCAAGUUAAAAUUUUUAUAUUCAGAGCUUAAAAAAAGGUUCGAUUUUUGGAGGACUAUAUUCUUCUACUUCUUAUUUAUUUAUUUUUUAAGGAAAGAAAAAAAAGGUUUAUGUACCUGUAAUUAUAGAGCAACGGUGGGAUUUUCUAGUCUAACUUGUUAAAAAUGAUAUUAAUUUUGUUUAUUACCUUUGUUUGUGUAUGUAUGUAUUCAUUUAUUUAUAAGACAAAGAGUGUUGUUUGUA